GCAACAGUCAUCCAUUCCCACUAUAGUUUUUUUGUGCAUCUGUCUAAAGUGUGCAAAGAUUCAGUUCCUGAAAUUUUUACUUCUUCUUUCGGAUUCUCCAUCAUCUGGACAAGUGUGGCAAAGAUAUAGUAUGAAAAAGGAUGUUUAGUUGAAGUGUGUGCUCUCUUUACUAUUGAAGGGUUUCAGUUGUUCUGCUGUCUCUUUCUACUCUGCAAAUAUAGAUCUACCCAUGGCUACACAUAACAGCUCGGACGAUUAUGAUUAUUAUGACUACACCACUGGUAUAACUGGGAAUAUUGCAGCCCCAUGUUUCCAGGACAACAUCUACGCCUUUGGACAGAAGUACUCCCCUGUUGUGUACAGUCUGGUGUUCAUCCUGGCUGUUUUGGGCAACAUCCUGGUGCUGUGUGUGAUUAGACGCUACAGAAACUCUAAGAGUGGUGGAGCCUGCGCCUUCUCUCUGACAGAUACCUUCCUGCUCCACCUGGCUAUCUCUGACCUCCUGCUGGCCUUCACUCUCCCCUUAUUUGCAGUGCAGUGGGCACACAGGUGGGUGUUCGGUUUGGCUGCUUGCAAGAUUUCCGGUGCCCUCUUUUCCAUGAAUCGCUACAGUGGCAUCCUUUUCCUGGCCUGCAUCAGCUUUGACCGAUACUUAGCCAUUGUUCAUGCUGUCAGCUCAGGCUGGAAACGCAACACCUGCCAUGCACAGCUUGCAUGCGCCAUCAUCUGGGUGAUAUGCCUUGGUUUGAGUGCAGUGGACAUUACCUUCAUGCAAGUAGAGGAGAUAAACACCAUUGGUCACCAGAAGGCAGCCUUGUGCAUGGUGUGGUUUACAGAGAAUACCACACAGUGGCAGGUGGGGCUGCAAAUGGUCAGUAUAAUUCUGGGCUUUGGGCUCCCCCUGUUGAUCAUGCUCUACUGCUACAUCCAGAUCUUCAGGUCUCUGUGCAAUGCCUCUCGUCGCCAAAAGCGCAAGUCUCUCCGGCUCAUCAUCACAUUAGUGUCCAUGUUUGUCGUUUGCUGGGCCCCAUACAACUGCUUCAAGCUGGCAGACAGUCUGCAGAGGCUGGGUGUGGUAGUUGGAAGCUGCCAGUUUCUCCAUGUGGUGGACAUUGGUACUUUGGUCACAGAGAGUGUGGGGCUUUCUCACUGUGCCCUGAACCCUCUGCUGUAUGGAUUUGUUGGGGUGAAGUUCAGGAGGGAGCUUGUCAGAAUGUGUAAGGGGGUGCUGGGACAGAGAGGCUGGCUGGGGAUGACGGAGUGGAAGGAGAGGAGGCAGAGAAAAUCCACAGGCUCAUUUUCUGCAGACAGUGAAAACACUUCUUACUCCGUCAUGGUGUGAUAACUAUUAGAGAUCAGGAGAUAAACUGUGGUUUUAUGGUUAAAAGGUAUUAAGGAUUAGCAAAAUUUAAAUAAGAAUUUAAACAUGUUCUCAGAACUUAAGAUUUCUACUUGUGUGUCUUAACAUUGGUGCUUUAUGAUUUAUUGGUGAUAUAUUGCAGCUUAUGCUAUUUUUUUUUUUUUUUUUUUUUUUAACUAUGUAGUACAAUCAUUUAGGGAGGGUGGAGAAAAUCAAAUGUAACUCCACAUGCCACACCACUCAGAGAACUGUGGAUUUUUUUUGUCUUUUUGUUUUCAAUAUUACAUUUAUGUGUGUGUUCAGGGGUCGGUGUUGUGAAAUGUCUAUAUUUCUUCAUACCGCUAAAAAGCUUAUUCAGCAAUUUGCAAGUAGACUGAGGCCUUGGUAAUCAAACAUAUCUUACAAAGGUAUGCUUGGGUGAAUUUUCUUCACAGAUAUUUUGUAUAGAAGCUAUUAUUCUUACUUAUUCUUUCACUCAUAUGUUACAAUUGUUCUGUGUACCACAAAAAAAUUAAAAGAACAUGACUCCCUUUGUCUUUUGUAUGUAGUAAUUAAAAAGAAUCACACUGUGAUUUACAAAGCAUUUUAUAAUAAAUAUUUUGUAAAUAAAUACAAGGUGU